CUUUGGUGACUUAGUGAGCAGAGAAGGCAGUAGGCAGAAGACAGAAGAGUGGUGAGGUGCCAAAUAUGGUGCCAGUAUGACCCAGCUUCUGAUCGGGCCUAGGUAAAUUACUGGAUUCAAACCAUCCACUCCAGUUUCCACUCUCCUGUGUUCCAGUACUGCUCUAAGUCCGAUGGCAAAGCAUGACCCGAAUGAGCCCCCUCCUUCUUACUACUCUGCAUCAAUGUACCCCCAGUCCCCCCUCAAAGGCCAUGAGGCCUAUGUGUAUGGCCUGACUCCUCCCUCUCAACCUCGCUACAUACCACAGUAUCCACCUGUUGUGGUUGUGCCUCAAGUCACUCAACCAUUACCUCCCAAAAGAAAAAGCCGUUGUUGUAGGAACAAUGCACAGUGUUAUGGUGGAACAGGGGGAAUCUUUCUGGUGCUUGGUCUCCUGGCACUGGCCAUAUGGCUUGGAGUCCGGUAUGGAACUAGGAUGGGAUCAAUAUUCUACUCUGUAGAGGAUGGCAACUCUGGGUAUUCUGAUGAUUCAGUCUUUAUACCAAAACAUGACACUUGCCCCAAUACGACUAUCCACUGUGAUGGCAUAAAGGACUGUGUUUUUGGCACUGAUGAAUCAGCAUGUGUGAGACUUGGUUCUGACAACAAGCUUGAGGUCAGAACAGCAGAGGAUGGCCGUUUCUUACCUGUGUGCUACAGUAACUGGAACAAAAUGUAUUCUGAUCAGACAUGUGCCCAGCUCGGUUUUCCAAGCUCUUAUGAGACCAAAGUACUAUCAGGAUACUCAUCUAAAGGACUUACAAUGACCAAACAGGACUCCAAUGGGUAUAUCCAGGGACUGGCCAGUGUCACUUCCUCAUGUCUUGACCAACAGACUGUCUCCUUGCAGUGUCAAGAGUGUGGUCGGCAGCAGUCAGUCGCACGGAUCGUAGGUGGGGAGGUGUCUAAAUUGGGCGAAUGGCCCUGGCAAGUCACGCUGCAUAAUCAAGGUUCACAUGUUUGUGGAGGAGUGCUGAUUUCUCGGAAUUUUGUGUUGACCGCUGCACAUUGUUUUCAAACAACUGAUGAGUCCAGUCUAGAUGUUGGCAAGUGGACAGUCUAUGGUGGAGUGGUGUCUCUGAAUGCUCUUCCACAACCAUAUCAAGUGGCAAGGAUUAUAAUCAAUGAGAACUAUGACAGAAACUCCAAUGAUCAGGACAUUGCUCUGCUCAAACUCGCAGCACCUGUGGACUUCAGUGACAAAGUUCGCCCAGCCUGUCUGCCCACCUAUGAUCAACAGUGGAGACAUGGGACUGAAUGCGUUACCUCAGGGUUUGGCACUACUGAUGCAGGAUCAAGUUCUGUCUCAAAUAGUCUAAGGGAUGUGAGGGUGAUGAUCAUUGACACUGAAGUGUGUAACAGCCCUAGGGGCUAUGGUGGAAGUGUCACUAAGAACAUGCUGUGCGCUGGUCAUCUGAAAGGGGGCAAAGACUCUUGUCAGGGCGACAGUGGUGGACCUUUGGUAUGUGAAAAUAAUGGGAUUUGGACCUUGGCUGGAAUUACAAGUUGGGGAUCAGGUUGUGGUGAAAUGAAUACACCAGGUGUCUAUACUAGAGUGACCAGUGUUCUUCCAUGGAUCUCCAGUACGAUGAUGCAAGCGAUGUUAUGACCAAUGGAUUUGCCCCAAUUAUCAGUUCCGCACUAAAAACCUCAAUAUACUCAAUAUGUGGGAACUGCUUAUACUGUUCUUCUUGUAGAAAAAUGUUUCUUUUAUCAAAUCAAAUUGCAUCAGACAGAUUACAUUUGACAUACAGUUUUCUUUUAUUAGUGUUUAUCUAAUUGUGUUACUUUGAUUGUGUACCUUUUAGUACACAUUCAUCAAGGCACUGACAUGUUUACAUGUGAUUGUAUGUUAUAUAGCGUUUUCUGCCUGACCCUAAAUUCUGAAUGUAUAAUUUAAAGCGGGCUUUAAAUGUGGCAGGAUCUAUUCUAUUGUUAUUGAGCAAAUCCAAACUACUACUUAAUCUACUACUUUAUUUUACAUUAAAAGGGACAUUUACUUCAGAGUGAAAUAAAGAGGCGUGACCCUUGGGUCAGUCAGUUAAUAGUUCCUGAUUGUAGGGAAUGUGUGCACCUAAACCUCAUGUUUCAUACUGUGAAUGGUUUCUUGAAAAUCUUGUAAUAUUAUGUUUUUUUCUAUUUAUGGGCACUUUUAUUAAGUGUAUGUCAAUAAAUGGAUCAUAUAAACUCACAUAAAACUCACUUAACACAUU